GUGCAAGCAAUUGGGAUUUACUGUACCAACGAAAAUGCAAUACAUUUCGCAAUGUAGGACAAAGUGGGAAGUGGGCUUUAAAUGUAACGUGAAACACGUUUAGAAAAUUGGUUUUCAUUAGAUCAAAGCGUGACACACGAUGUCGAGUCGCGCGUUAUGGAGUGAAGUAUUCGAGAUUGGACUAAACACCGACUCAGUAGAAAGACUAUUCGUUCUCUGGAUGGGGUUUGCUGAAUUUGAUGGAUGGUUUCGCGUAUAAGGCUAACCACAAAGUAAGAUCGUAUUCAUCGUGGAUUUAUUAGUUAAAUAAUUCAGCGUUCACUGCCACAAGUUGCAAGAUUGUUCAAAAUAUCAGAUCUACGUCCCUUGAGAGACAGAAAACAUGGAUGGGAAAAUAAAACGCAGUCGGAGGUCAAGAUCUCAAAGAGACCGCGUGCGGAGAAAAGACGCUAUUGAUAACGUCCAAAACCGGAGUCCCUCGUCUGGAUCCGACCGUGGACAAAGUCCUUUCGGGAAUAAGGCCCUACGGAAUGACGGAAAACAUACUAAUUUACAUCAUGACCGCCCCACACGUCCUCUUAGGAAGAAGAGACGAGGUUCGGGGUGUCACGAGGAGGAUAUUAUUGAUGGGUUUGCCAUCUCCAGUUUUUUGAGUCUGGACAAUCUAGAGCUGGCUCUGAGGAAGAGGACCAAGAGUCUGCGGCCCCAGCAGGGGCAGGAGAGGUGGGAGAGACCGGGGCAGCAGAGGCCGAAGCCUGAGAAGGCCCUGGCCCCCGUGAACGGUUUCCACGGCAACGCGCCGUGCCACGUGGAGGCGCCGCAGGAGGAAGAGAAGGAGCGAGGGAAGAUGAAAGUCAGCGUGAGGAAGAACAAGCAGGGAGCUCAGAGGAGCAGAAGCAGAGCUGAGGUCACCAGGUUGGUCGGUAUGCCCCAGAGAAGCAGCUCCAAAGACCCCCACAGCGAGACCUCAUUCUCGGGGCGGGGAUAUUCGUGUGACAGCGAAAGUGACCUUGACGACAAGGUCUCAGGAGUUGAUGCAGACAAGCUGUUCACGUUACGGAUAACCUUUGAGUCUCCAGCUGACCUCCAGCAGACACCAGAGGUGUCCAGCACCACCACCGCCUCCAGGGUGUCCGGCCUGCAGCGCAGCCAGGAGCAGAGCAACGACACUCCCUUCGCCCGCCCCGCGCCCAGCCCCCAUCCUCCCGGCAUCCCCGCGGCCCCUCCCACCCCUCCCCCGCUGCCUGUGUGCGUGAAGAAGGAGCGGUCCUCCCCCAAUGUCCCCACCCCCCUCCAGACCCUGCCAGGCCUCGCCCAGAUCAAGAGAGAACCUCAGGUCCCCUUCUCCCAUCCGCAGGCCCUGUUCUCUGGCCUCCACAGCAGCAACAGCAGCAGUUUGGAGGGCUCCCGCAAGAGGCCGCACCCUCGGUCCCCUCACCUCGGACGCCACUCCUCCCCCUCUCCUGCCCUGCCCCUGGCCAUCUCUGAGCUUCCUGCCCCGCACUACUUCCUGUCCGGCCCGGGGCAUCGGCGGACGGCGGUGGCCAUGUUUCCCAGUCCUUUGUCCCUCCCAACCAAUGGCAUCGGUGGAAACCCAACUGGCAGUGGCUACUCUGAGCAUGACCUCCUGCGCCAGGAGCUGAACAACCGUUUCCUGGCGCAGAGUGCCGAGCGAGGAGGCGGUCCCAUACCGGGGCCUGUGAAGGCCGAGUACCACCGGCACACUCACCAGCACCAGCACACCUUCACACCCUACCCCCCCUGCGGCCCCCCUCCUGCCCUUCUAGGCACGCCCUCCGCCCCAACCAUGGGCCGUACCGCCACUCUCAAUUUGGAAAAGUAUCCCGUCAAACUGGAAAGCCCGUAUUCAAAUCUCUUCCCUCCCUACCCCCAGGGGACAGCAGGCAUGCCCGCCCAGCUCCCCCACACGGCACCCUUCAGCUCUCUGCACGGAGCCUUCCAGCCCAAGGCUAAUCCUCUGGACGUGGUGCUGAGACCAGGAGAGAUGCCUCAAACUCUUCCUAGAAUAUCUGAUCCAUUCAGAGCCUCAAGCAGGAAGCCUGGGAAGUGGUGUGCAAUGCACGGCCAGAUGGCCUGGCAGAUCCACCACCACCAGCAGCGAAUGAGGCACAUGCGCUUUGAUCCUGGUAAGAUGAGUGUGAAGCUGGACCUGUUCAGCCGGCCCACAGCAACAGGUCCACCUCCAGGGCUGCCCUAUCCCCAGGAGAUGAUCACCCGACCCCUGCUCCCCUCCUCAGGUCUCUUUCCCAUGUCCCCGUUCAGCAGCCCGUACCACCACCCUCACUACCUGUCUACAAGUCAUCUGCCCGAUCCCUUCAGUCGGCCCAGUACCUAUGGAGGCUUUGGGAACGUGGCAAGCAAUGCCUUUGGGGGGCUGGGGGCCCCAUCGAGCAGCCCCUACGGAGAAAGGCAAGGCCAUGGGUUGCCAGGUUUUAAUGCCCCCCCUCAUGAUGGCUGGAACCGACUGCAUCGCACACCGCCCUCCUUCCCCACUCCCCCAACGCGGUCCAGGCCUGCGGACUUGGACCGCAAGCCAGCAGGGACGAACAGUGAGCAGCAGGAAGCCAAGAAAAGGGAUUUUACUGCUACCAGAGAGGAGUCCGGCGUCGACAGUAGGUCCUCACAGGAAAGAAAACCUCAGCCCAACCAAUCGUCCUUCACCAGCUACCAGAUCAGCAGUCUGAUUGGUGGAAACAGCUCGGACAAGAAGAAUAGCAGCCUGGACCAAGGCCCUCAGGCGGAGAGUGUGACGAAAUCGCUGGGGAAGGUCCAUAUUAAGCAGAGCUCCUCUCCGGGGCCAGAAGUGCAGAGUCGAGGGCCUCCUGACCCCUCCACGACCCACACAGUCAAGCAGCAGUCUCCCUGCGAGGCCACACCCCCUCUGAGGGGCUCUGUAAAUAUAAAGCAGGAACGUAGAGAAGAGUUGGAGCUAAUGGCAGGGACGUCUAACAUGACCCUCUUGCUGCCCUCGGUUCCAGCCGUCUUGGCUCAUCCCCACUCCCAGGUUCCGCACCCCUCGAGGCGCAACUCUUACCCCAAUUCAGGCAUGUUUCAGGGCAGCCACCUACCUCACUCUCUGCCCCUCUCCAUGGGUCCCUUGCACUCAAUCAGUAGUCUGAGUGCACUGGAGAGAGCACGGGUUCAGCCCUUCAUGGAGGCCCGAGAGCGGGUGCCCUCGCACCUCCCGGCUCAGUGGGAGCCCAUCCGUGACCCGUACAGAGGGCUCUACCUGCAGAGCCAGCAGCCCCACUUGACCUUUGACCCCGCGCGGAGCCACAGGCAACGCGAGGCCCAGCACCACAUCCAGGACAGGCACCGGCAGGCGGAGGAGAGGGCCAGGCUGCACCAGCUCCAGGGCUCUCCCAUGGAGGGUCACCUGGCCCACACACCCACCUUCAUGUCCUCCUUGGGCGGGGCCGUGUACCCUCGUCUCAGCCCCUCUGCGCCGCACAGCGGACACCUGAACAGGACUCCACCGACCGCUACCCUCAGCGCUCCGCCGCCGCCGCCACCUCCGCCGCCUCUGGUUUCUACAGCAACGCCUGCGGUGGGGGGGGGACCGGCAACGCCCAGGAAGACCACGCCUACAGGUGGCACGCCAGCCUCUAGGGACCUCGCUCCGUCGGGCACGCCCAAGCAGGUGGAGGCGCAGUAGAAAGGCAGUCGGGCAAAGACAUUACCGAUGAGACUGGGAUUCUCUCAUGUACACACACACACACGCAUACAUACUGUACAUACACAUAUAAUCCAUACACACACACACAUCACCUGCUGAGAUAAUUGUGAGACUCCAAAAGCUACGUAGAAAUAGCAUAAUGUAGAACUGCAAAUUACAGCAAGUGAAAUCUCCUGAAGUAGUUCUACUUUAAGCCUGUUGAAUAAGUACAGUUCCUAUAAUGUUUUAUGUUAAAUAUAUUGGUAUUUGAUAGUAAUAUAUGAUGUUUUUAUGUUUAUAAGAUUUUUAUGCCCGUUCUGUGUAAAUAAGUAGAUUUUAUGAAUUGUAUGAAUUUGUACAUUUUGAUGUUGUUGAAAACAAUGACUUUUAUUUUUGUGUAUGUUAACACCCAAAGUAAAUUAUUUAUCAACUAGUAGACAAUAUGUUAUAUUCGCCCUAAAUUAGUUCAAAUUAAUUUAACUGUUAUUCAUGCUUCAAUACUGUUAAUUACAACUCUGUACAUGUACAUAUAACGUGUCCUUUGUUUUUAAAGUAUGUCUAUUUAAAAGAAAGACCGAGUUGAGUUUUUUUGUAGCCUGCUACAUUCUACAGCACUUGUAAUGUAAAGUCCCUUGGAUAAAAGUGUCUGCUAAAUGCAUAAAUGUAAAUGUAAUGUCAAAUGGUUAAUGGUUUGACGGAGUUCAUCAGAUUGACUCUU